CUCACCACAUGACAGAGAAGUACCUCAUCCGCUGACACCAAAAGAACAAUCAAUCAAAUUUGGACUCGUCUUAGUGCAUUGAAAAUUGUGCGCUGGAGAGCGUCGCUUUUUGGGAAAAUUGAAGAGUUCUGAUCUUCUUCCUAAACUGUCACUUCAAUUUCAACUGAUUUCAACCAGACUUUUAAAUAGGCUAUAAACUUCCUAACAAAACCGAGAAUGAAGUCCUUCAGUGUUGCAGUUGCAGUGGUACUUGCAUGUAUGUCCAUCAUUGAAAGCACCACUGUUCCUUUCUCCGAGGUGCUAACGGAGGAGGUUGGAAGCAUUGACAGUCCAGUUGGGGAACAUCAACAGCCGGGCGGCGAGUCCAUGCGUCUGCCGGAGCAUUUCAGGUUCAAGCGUCAGAGCCACCUCUCCCUGUGCCAUUGGUGCUGCAACUGCUGUCACAACAAGGGCUGUGGCUUCUGCUGCAAAUUCUGAGGACCUGCCUGCAAUAAAACCAUCUUAUUAACUUAUUGCCUUUAAUUUCCCCCCUAUUCUUCUACAUUUCCUUUGGACUCUGUGGAGAAGAUGCAAAUCUCAUUGAUGUCUUUCUCACUGCAACCUAAGUCUUGUACAUAAAUGUUUUGUAUCAUGUUCUAUAGCCUAGUGACACAGGAAGAAGACCGCUAAUUGAAAUAAUCAUUUCUAUUAUGUACAUUUAGUACAUUUUUUGGUACAUUUUCUAGUUUGUACAUGUUGCAAUGUUUUCUUUCUGAGAUGUUGUUUUUGUAACUAUGAUAAUGAUUUAUAAAAUCACUUCUUGUGACACUUAAAAAAAAUAAAACACACAUUCUUUGAAUAACAAACGAAUGAUGAAUGUGUUAUAGAUGUGUUUCCUGUGGCCAAAUGUUCGGGCCUGACAGCCAGAGGCUUAUUCAAAUUAGCCACGUAGUAGUUUUUGCCCUGAGGUCUGGGAAUGGAGUCUACAGUGCC